UUUCUGUCAGACAAAUCUUCUCCAGAAGACAGAGGACUGUCUGUUCAUUGAUGUACAGCUUACAAACAAAGGCAUUUCCAAGCCAUGCUAAUGUGUGAGGGCUUUAAUCUUACUGUGUGGUAUUUUCUGUGAUUCUGUGGUGAGACAAGCUGCUUCUCCCUUGGUUCUUCUGGAGCGAGAACGGUAGUGACCACCUGUAUGUGGGGUUUGUGUGCACCCAAAGUCUGCUGCAGAAGGGCAAACCCAGAAGAUUCCUAAGAGGUAUGUUUCAUCUUUGGACUUUGUCUUCGUUUGUUUCGCUGGUUUGUCAUUUAUGAAGUGCUGACAGCCCCUUCAGGGCAAGCUCUGGGAAGACAGGACCUCUCUCCUCUCAUGGCGGAGUCCAGAACUGCGGUGUGCAAAUGUGCUCUCUUCACUGCUUGGCACUGGAGGGACUCUGGCCGCACCUAGCUUAAGAUCUAUGCCUACCACAAAACUGUGGGAUCCCAGACUAAGAACUGGCAUGACUGCUAUGCCAGACCACUAAUCAGAAAUGAAGACUGGGGUAGCUUGCUUGAAGAAGUCUGUGUUUGUGGUGAGCUUCAUAGCCCUGUGCCUCUUGCUGCUAGCCAUGCGCCUUGUCAAUGACGUGACUUUCCCUUUGCUACUCAACUGCUUUGGACAACCUGAAAACAGAUGGAUCCCUUUGUCCUACACAUUCAGGCAGCCUCUUCGAACUCACUAUGGAUACAUAAAUGUGAGGACCCAAGAGCCUUUGCAACUGGAAUGUAAUGAUUGUGCCAUAGUGUCAAAUUCAGGUCAAAUGAUUGGACAGAAGGUGGGUGAAGAGAUAGACCACUCAUCCUGCAUUUGGAGAAUGAACAAUGCCCCCACCAAGGGGUUUGAGGAAGACGUUGGCCACAUGACAAUGGUUCGAGUUGUAUCACAUACCAGUGUUCCUCUGCUGCUAAAAAAUCGUGAUUAUUUUUUCAAUGAAGCUAGCACUACCAUCUAUGUUAUUUGGGGCCCUUUCCGCAACAUGAGGAAAGAUGGAAGCGGCAUUGUGUACAACAUGUUAAAACAGACAGUAGAUGCCUAUCCAAAUGCGCAGAUUUAUGUGACCACAGAGGAGCGCAUGAAUUACUGCGAUGGAGUCUUUAAGAAGGAAACCGGGAAAGACAGAGUCCAGUCUGGCGCCUAUCUCAGCACAGGGUGGUUUACCUUUAUCCUGGCUAUGGACGCCUGCUCCAGCAUCCACGUCUACGGGAUGAUAAAUGACACCUACUGCAUGACAGAGGGGUACAGAAAAGUCCCCUAUCAUUACUAUGAACGAGAAAAGGAUGAGUGCACCGAGUAUUUUCUCCAUGAGCGGACCCCAUUCGGGGGACACAGGUUCAUCACUGAAAAGAAGGUGUUUGCCAAGUGGGCUGAGACAAACAGAAUCGUAUUCACACACCCGAACUGGACAAUGUCCUGACCCUGUGCUUCCUGCUCAUGACACAGCAGCUGUGAGGAGGGAGGCUGUUGGUGGUGAUGGUGUGGGCAGGGACGAUCAUGGUCCUUAGCAUUCUCUGGUGGGGAUGGUGACUCUCCUGGUAAAGUGAAUCUUGUGGGAGGGGUCGUGCUCAUUCUGUUCUUCCUGGUGGUUCAGCCCUACAUACUGCACUUUAUAACUUACCGAGCAUCGAAACGAAGGCCAGUGACGUGACAGCUGUGACUAAAGAAAACGAAGAUUAUCUUCCAAGAUGGCAGCUCAGAAGUCUUUAACCAAGGCCUCCAGAAGUGGUGGGUGUGGCCUUGUCCUCAGGCAAGGUUAUGGAGUGGGCACAUGGGCAACUCCGCACCUUGGAAAAUGUUUGACUACCAAACACUGUCCCAAGUAAUUCUAUCAGGGUAUAGACAUCUGCCUCAGCUACUAGUUAGGCUGAGAAGGGGGAGGUAUCUCUUUCUGAGAUGCCAUCUUCCUUCUGUCUGUCUUUCAGCUAAAGCCUCAGGCUGCCUACGUAAAUGUAGCACUGAAGGCAUUAUGUAAUUCCUGUAUGUCAGGGUUACCGCACUAUCUCAGAGACUUCAUUCAGAAUAUAUCAAGUAGCAAAUAUUGACAUGUUUUUGAACAAAUGUUGUUCAGAGGACUGUUCAAAACAAUAUAUCUAAACAUAUUAUUACAAUUGCCUAUGUUUAAUGUUUAGUUAUUUUUGGUUGAGUACUAAAUAUUAACAUGUUAAUAUACUUCAACACUGUAAUAACACAUACUGUGAAAGCAUUUCUGAAACAUAACCAAAGGGUUCCUCACUCUGCUUCAACACCUAGUACCACAAAAUUACAUGCUUUUUAAAAUCAUGAAACAGGGAAAGCAGAACAUAUUUUUGCAUCGAUUUGUAUCUUAUCACAUUCAUAAUAUAUAUUUUUAAAUUCAAUUUUCUAUUUUAUAAGCCCAAAGUGUGUCUCUCCAUAUAUAUUAUCAAUGCCUAGUGCCAAAUGUUGGACAUGGAACAUUCUUUAUAUCAUCAAUUCCAACCCAGGCUUUUGCCUUCAUGGGGUUAAUUGUCCUUUAGUGUACCAGAUGUUCUGCUCUAGGAGUAAAAUGGUGAUGAACUUAAUUCCCAAAGUGCUUUAGUGCUUUGUCAUUUAGAGUCCCUUCUCAUAUGCUAUACCAUGUGACACCCAAGGCCACCUCACCAGACUAUUGCCUGCCAUCUCCAGGAGCUGAUCUGCAUUACAUUAGCUGUGUGUGCUCAUGUGUCCCAGGUUGCCCUACUUUAGACUAUAUAUAUAUAUAUAUAUAUAUAUAUAUAUAUAUAUAUAUAUAUGAUUAUAUAAACAGCAUUUGUGUAAAUUAGAAAAUGAUUGAGUUCUUUGCCAAAAACAGCAUAGUAUAUGGAAAUCAUGCAAAAUGACCCCAAGGAAAGCUGUGUCAGUACCUCUAUAAGCUUAGAUAUAUUUGAUUUGUUGUUGUUGUUGUUUGUUUUUGUCAGUGGCUCUGUUUAAGUGCUGGGAAGAUGAGGACUCCGGACAAUGGAUAGGAAAGGAAGCAGAGAAAUAGUUUCCUGGCCUAGGCCUGCGACAGCCUCUUUCUCUGUAGACUCAAUAUCCUUAACUAUGAGAGGUUGAUGUUCUGAGACAGUACUAAGCAUCCAUAAAUAUUUUGGCACAGUGAUUCAGAAGCCAAAACGGGCUGCCCUUGAUGAGUUAGAGCUGGAAAUAACAAGACUCUUCACCUGUAGAACCUUGACAGGGCUUUCCUAGGACCAAGGACCAUGCUGUCAUGAAGAUGCACAUCUUCCCUGCCCUCGUCUGCCCUUUGACGUGCCCUUUUCAUAUCCACAAGCGUUACCCAGCCCCACGUUCACCACCAGAGAGAGAGGGUGAUUAUUCUUUCUGUGUUUGCUUAUGUGAUUUUUAGUUCUAUGAACAUUAGUUUUUUAGAGUUGAUAGUGGCUCACAAUGGCCACUUAGAAGAAAAUAAAUAAUGCUAAUGUUGAAAUUCUCACGUGAAUGUUUUUUUUUUUUCUCUCUGCGGUGGUACAGAAGUUCUGCUUUUACAUAAAAUGGACCCUUAGUUAAUCAGAAUGCUUCCGGGAAUGGCACACCCAGAUUUCUGUCACUGUCUAGUCACUGAAGGGCCAACUUUAUUUCAAAAUAAAAAACUCCAAACUUCAAUGCCUUUGCUGAGAAACUCCAAAGCUUGCUUUCCUGCCUCCCUGUAGCUUCCUCCUCACACUGUGUGUGGAAAAGGCAGACUCCAGAUUUCAGCUUGAAGGCAUCUGUGGAAUGGUAAAGUGGAAAAUGGCCCUCUCCUGGUCCCUUUUUCUCUCCCCUCCUUUUCUCAGCUCUCCUCCUCCCUCGUUGAUUCUUCUUUGUUGAUUUGACUCUUCUUAGCAAAGUAGGAAACAGAAAGAGUUUUAUGGAGACCCAGUUGAGCUCGUUUGCAGCCAGGGCUCUGACAGACACUGAGGGUUUGUUUCUCUCUGUAGUAAUACUUUUCUCUGCUUCCAUUUCCUGUUCCUGGUCCUUCCUUUCAGCCUCCGUUAUGGUAGAAAUGCAAAGUGAGGGUGGGACUGAAAGGAAAAGGGGGAGGGAGCUGUGAUCUGGCUAUAAAAUCGAUUAAAUAAAUAAAUUAAAGGGGGUGGGGAAAAAGACAAAGUCUAAUUAAUCCCAUGUGAAGAAGAAAUUUUCCAUCCUGGCCUUGCUCUCCUUGAGUUAUCCCUUUGUCUAACUAUCAGCAUUUGUCAUGAAAAGUUCCAGUCAGUUCAAGGCCCAAGUCCUCCGAAAGCUUUUAUCUACAUCCGAACACUAGGAAAGGUGAAGGACCUCACUCAGCACUGCUACGUAACUCUCUAUAUUAAUUACUAUUUGUGAAAAGAAAAAAAUGUUUUGAUAUCAUCUAAGGCACUAGACAAAUGGACUAAGGAAAAUGCCCAUAGACUUCUGCAAUCAGCAUAAAAGCAUGCAGUUCAAAAUCAUAGAAUAGGCCUGGAGAGAUGAGCUGGCAGGUACCGGCACUUGCUGCUCUUCCAGAAGACCCAAGUUUGGUUCCCAGCAAUUCAGAGAACUCACACUCGGCAGUCACAGCUGCCUCCAACUCCAAUUUUAGGUGACCCAUGACUUCUGACCCACAUGCAUGAUGUGCACACACAAACACAUACAUACACAUACAUAAAAAUAACAAAAAAUAAGUCUCUAAAAACAUAUCAAUAAAAUGACUUUUAAUGCCACAUUCCUAUAUCCGUGGGUCAGAGCAUGUCUCCACCCUUGACAGAGAAGCUUCCUGCAGUAGAUGGAAAUUAACACAGAGAACCACAGCUGGACAACGUACAGAGAGGGAGAGAGACUGUGGGGCACUCCAUCCUAAGAAAUAUUUUAAAUAAAGCACAGAAUGUCAUUUCUAAUUCUUCAGAACCCUUUAGAAAACCAAGAAAAAAGUUAAAGGGUUUUCUGUCUUUGUGAAAUUGGCCUAUCUUUAAGUCAUACUGAUGUGAUAAAGAUGACCUUGUGUUGGUGACAAACCUAUCAAAAAUGAGUGAUCUGAAGACAUAUUUGUAUAUAUAAACAUGGAGUCCACUUGUGCAUAUAAUAUGUGAACAGGAAUAUGCAUACAUACAUACUUAUAACUGUAUGAGAAAGCACACAUAGGAUUUCUUUACCCAUGUGUGACUCACAGAAAAUUCUAUUUUAGAUAUCAGCUGAAAUUUGUUGGGUUUCAUUCUGAAUACUGAUAAGAAAAAAAAAAAAAAAGAAAAAAACUCCAAAGUAAAUGCACUGAUUGCUGGGGCGUAUGUAAAAUCAGAUUGCCUGGCUGGCCAGAAGAAUAAAGCCAAAGAAGAUGCUAAAUCUAGAACCAAGGACACAAUCAGAUGUACAUUUGGCACCAAUCAGACACAUAAGUGCAGCAAUCAGGAUGAGUAGACUCAGCUGCCCGAAGCCCGGGAAAGUCACUGAAGAGGCUGCAUUGGGCUCUCUUCCUCCUGUGAAGAUACGGCGACAACACAGGGAUCGGCAUGGUUUCUUUUGCAGCUGUAGAGCUGUGGCUCUGUGGGAAAAGGGUCAUCAUGCAAGGAGCUUUCUGUCUGAGGUUUGGUGUGAACCAGCUGGCUGGGGAGUAAGAGUGUGAACGGAAACUGGCUGACCUCCAGAGAAGGAUACAUCCCUUGGAAAGACUGCUCUUGGCUUUCUUGGAAAAACAGACAAUAAUGCAGGCAGAUGUAAACAUAUGGUUUACGGCGUCUCAAACACAACAAGCACUGAAAAUGCCAUGUCAGUGAAGGACCCAACUACCUUGCCCAGGGUGGUUGGUGUGCCUUAGGACGUGUGAAGUACAGCCCCAAGACAAGGAUUUCUAACUCAUCAUCUGUUGUUUUUGUGAAGAGAUGCCAUGACUGUGGGAUCCAGUGCGCAGCUUCCCAAGCAGCCUGGUUUGUAGACACAAAAGCACUGCAAAGGCAGUGUCCAACUCCUGUGGCCAGCAGUCACAGUGUCCCUGCACUGAACUGUACCGUUGUCUUGCACUACUUGGGCAGAGCCUGAGUCCUGCUCUAUCUGCUCCUUUUCUCCACGUGUGCUGCUGAGACCAGAGGUGUUCUAUUGUCAUGAGAUGCCAAGCAUCAUGUAGACACAAAGGCAUGUUUCUUACUUCCUGUUGGUCACUGAGGAUGGUCUAACCUUGGUGUAUGGAGCAGCUCCAUACAGAGGCUACUCACUAGCCUGGAAGGCCCUGCUCUUGGCUUAGACUCAAAGCAGAGUAGUCCUUCCCUCAGAAGGGUCUGGUUGUGUGGUUGAGUUCAUGUUUGAGGCAAUGUAUAUAAAUGUACAGAAACACCCAGUGUGCUACAGGACUCAAUAAGUAUGCAUAGUUAGAGAGUCCACUUGUAUGGUGCUGUUACAAGUGGAGAAUUUUGAAACUAUAUGCAUCAGGCUCUUUAAAUGGGUCCUGUGGCUCAGAAAUAGUGUGCUGUUUUGUUGCUUGCUUUCGCUGACCACAGAGACUCCACCAGGAUAAAAUCACAUGUAAAUUGCAAAGGCAUUGAAACAGAGCCCUUCCUCGGGUAUUGUAACAAUACAGAAACCUCAUUUUAUUGUUUUUAAGUCCCCCUUUUUUUCUUUUCCUUUUCAGAAUAGGCACCAAAUUGUUUUUGAGGUAGCAAAGCACCUCUCUCUCAACAAAUAGGUCUCUUCUUAUGUGUGCUUUAGAGAUUGCAAAGAAUCAGAAGCUCAUCUCCAUGAAAGUGAGGAGCAUGAGAUGAAUAAAUAGCCAACUGCCACGGCCUCGCAUUUGCUGACACACUGAGCAGUUUCUUCUGAGAAACUUCAAAGGGAUCAAAACCUGGACACUGAUAGACCGUUGUCACCCAGCCUGCUGUGAAGUCCUCAUUUGCCUGUGUUUAACAUUGCUGUCACUGGCAUUGAAUAAAUACCGACCAUAUUACACGCGGUAUGUUUAUGCUUCACUUGUGUUUCUGUAAGGGUCACACAGUAUUUGCUGGAGAGGCUUGUUCACUUCUGAAGCUUGUAAUCUUCACUUACCUGCAGACGAGGCUGAGAUGCACAGUGGCAUGCUGGUCAGGGGCUUUGUUCUCUGGUGUCAUCUGUUACUUACAGACAGCUUACAAUGAAGUAUACAGGUUGGCAAAGGGCAGUUAGCAGAUUUUAGUUUGUUUUUAUAACCAGAAAAGUGAGGGUGGGAUAACAAAGCAGGAUAAAUUUUGUGGCUAGAAGAAACAAGGACUGUGGUAUCUGAUAUGCUCUGUAUUGAAGGCAGAAUCAUACAGGACAUGAUUUCCACUGAACAAGAGGAGGCUUGGCCAGCCUGUGGAAUUCUUGAAGUUCACUUGAAUUGCAUUUGUUAUUUUCCCUAUCACUGUGUUAACAUAUCUGACAACAUUCAGCCUUAAGAGGAAGGACAUUCUGAUUCACAGAGGAAUACAAUCUCUCCUGGCAGCAAGAGCAGCUUGGUCCAUAGUGGCGAAGAGGAAGCAGAGAAGAGGAUCUCAGCCUCAGCUGACUCACCUCUGAGACCUCAGCCCUAAUGGUGCUGCCCACACUCAGGGGGUCUGUCCUCCUAAGAAGACCUCUCUGGAAACACCAUUGCCAUCAGGCAGAGGUGUGACGCAGUAAUGUCUGGUUGUACCAAUCCAGUUGGCAAUCAGCACUGACAGUCAUGCCUGAUGCUGAGCUAUGGUUCCUCUCUUGCUCUGCCAGGCUUAUCAGCACAGUCAUGUUAGUGUAUAGGGUGCUGAAAACCCAGGCUGGCUUCUGCUGUCCUCACUCCUACUUCCCUUCCUCCUAUCUCUCUUGUUGCCCCUUAUUUUCUGUGUUCAAACUCAACAUUCAUGCUCAGAGAUGUUCUCGCUUUACAACUCAGCUUACUGUACUGGAUCAACUCCAUGAGGAACCCACACUUGGAUGAUAUCAAAGUAAGAGUUUACUUUUGGACUCAAUAACAAUAAUUAGUGCACGCCAGCUGUGUUGAAGGGCUUAGUAUUUAAAUCAAUGCCCCUGAGAUUCUGUGAUGUCUACAUAAUGUUAGUGUCAUUUUACAUAAACAGUUGAAGCACAGAGAAGUAAGAUGGGUUGCCUGUGUUCAGAUAGUAGCAAUGACAUGAGGUCUGAACAAUAGCAGUUCUUCACAGAGUAUAUAUUCAGCCAUGGCAGUCCAAAUGAUGUAACAAGAACCCCACCAUCCCAGUAGCCUCCAGAAUAAAUUGGUUUCUGUCUCAACUAUGAAUUCCAUAUACAUAGUGCUUUACAACUAGCUUUCAUGGGACUUAACCUUCCAUCCUGUGGCCAAGUCCCCCUCCAAGUCCUUGGAGUCCUUUCAGUUAGGCCGAUUAGUGCAGAAAAAGCAAGAAAGAUGUGUGUCAGAGGCUUUAUGGGUAUAAAGUCUGAAAGUGUCGGGCCUCACUCCAUCCCACCGGCUGGGUUCAACCAGGGCCUGCCAGUAACUUGGACAAGGCAGUCUAUGUGCAGCCAGUAUGAACCUUUGUAAAACGUUUGAAACUUUUGAGAAAAAAAAUUUCUCUGCAUAGAAAGAGAAUAAACCAGAGGAAAAAGUCUGAUCUAGGUUUAAUUAAGGCAAGAAGAGAGGGUGCAGCUUUUGUUGGAGGAAGCCAAGAGAGCAGUUGUUGAGCUGGAAAUGCUGAGGUCACGUGGGUGUCCGCACAGUAGAAGUGGUGUCACUGGUAAAACCCUAGUGAUGGGUGCUGAAAGUGAGAUGCUUGCACUCGCUUCUGAUCGAACCCUCGCCGUGCCUACUCCUUUGUAAGGUGUCAGAAAAAUGAGUGUCCUGUUUGGUCUUUGGAUUUGUGCGGUAAGUACUGUGAGUUUAUUUUUUAACUGAAAGAAAAAAGUGUAGUGUUUGGUUCUCAAAUCUCAAAGUUGAAAAAUCUCUCCCACUCUGUCUUUUCUUUUCUUAUUAUAUGAACUUGCAUAAAAGGGACACUAAUCUGACAUAAAUAGUCUGGCCAUCGUCAAAACACCAAGUCUGUUUCUAAGAAAAUAGACUUUACUCUUUCCUCCUUCCCAGUUUUUUACUUCCUUUCCCAAUACGUUUUCACCAUUUACUGUAUUUUCUUGAAUGUGUCUGGACAUGCUGUCCCUCUAAUAUAAUAACUAGAAUCUUGCAUCCCUUGUUCUUUCUUGCCUAACAAGGCAGCCUGUUAUCUUGGGGGAAAGUGCCUUGAGUAUUCGCAUAUAAAUAAUUGCUGUUUGCCCAGGAGAGGUUAGCUAAAAGUCUAAAAGCAAAAUAAUCAGAGAAAUGAGUCUUCAGGUGUUUGCUUUUUUCGGAACAGAGUGGAAUUCUUUGAAUGGGACCCUGCAGUGCCUAGCAUAAGUGGAGGAAUAAAAAAGUGUGUGGAGUGGGGCGGGCUUCUAGGAUCUGUAAGCAUGCUAAGUGUAGCGCGUGCUAUGGUGUUUCCCAAGAGUGAACUGCUCAGUUUAACCAUGGUGGAGCGUCCCUACCCUGUGCCCACAGCUGUGAUUCCUGAAGAUGCCAUCAUUUGGUGUGUAGAAGCAGCACCUUCCACCAGCCACUGUGUAUUCUUCUACCUGUAACUGAGUACUGUUUCCAGUAAGGCCAUUUUCCACGUCUAGGAGAGCACUUGGCAGUCUAUGUACUCUCAAACUUUUCACAAAAUGCUUACCUUUCCCCCAGAACUAUGACACCUAUCAGGAAAUUUGCAUAGACGGGUCUUUAAUCUUGAGUGGCAGCUUUACUUCAAAUUGCAGCACUUUGGCCAAAACAUCUUUGUGGGAGCUGAUUGUGAUGGCUCUGUUCUCUCCUGAGGAAAGGGGGAAAUGUCACACUCUGAUGGAGCAAAGGGCUUUCAUGUUGGAAAAGGAUGUAAUGUUUUACAAGUCAAUCUGUAAUCAUGCAGAGCUAUGAAUGCCUGCUAAGUGUGGAAGAAAAAAAAAGAGAAAAAUAUUCAAAAGUGCAAUUUGAAUUCAAUGAGACCGAGUGGUAAUGGAUAGGAACAAAAAUAAAACCAAGGUACUUAAGCUCAAAAAAGACACCCUGAUAAUAUCAGUGCUCACCCGGAGUAUCUGGAGAAUAAUAGGAGACACCAUUGGGAAGGCCACCAGCACUCCAGGAUCUAUAGAAAAAGAAUCAACGAACAAACAGCAAGGGAGCCAUGAGGGAUUAGCAGUCUGACCAUGAGAAGUCAAGCUACUACUGGAUAUUUUUCUGUUCAUUUUUAAAGUAAUAGGUUUUCAUUGUUGGAUAAAGUGUAGCAGACGAUGUAAUGGCCAAUAUUACAGUGUCCUGUGUAUGUGCAUGUGUGUGGAUGGGGGCCGGGUGGUCCUGGUCUAUGACCCGCUUUGUCAUGGUAAUAAGAAAUUAUAAGUGUUUCUUCUCAUAUCAUUAAAUCCCGUAAAUGUUCCCCUUCAACAACAUUGCUCAGUCAUCUAUUUAAUUAUAUCUUUCUUCUUAGUUUUCUCUAUGUGGUAAACAGAGCUGUUCGUGGAUUUUUGAACAUUUCUCUGAUUUCUUUCUUUUAUUGUACCCACAUGCCUGCUUUCCUGAACCUUUCAAAGAAUGACACUUUUUCAUCUUGGCAAACUUCAUAUAUGCAAAGAAACGGUCUUUUUUUUUUAACCUGUUUUUUAAUUGACAUUUAAUUUAUUAUAGAAAUUACAUGUUUACAUAUACAUUGGUAAUUUACAUUUCUUCUUUCAUGAAUCUGCACUUUCUGGACUUUUCCCCCCAUUUUUCUGCUUCAGUAGGAGUCACUACAAGUUAAAGUCACAUAAGAACUUCAGUCAAAAGCAAAGUUAGGUUCACAGUGACCGUGAUCAUGAGGGAAGAAGAAACUAAACUGAAUCAAGAUUUUGAAACACUGUAAGUGUAAGAGAAGUUCAGAAUGUUUCAGCAUUGGUUUUCAACCCUGUGACUAAACUAGGCAAAAGCAAAGCCAGUGUGUGAAGGUUCAGACUUCACUUGGCAGCAUCUGGAGGAGUCCCUAGUCAGUGUGGACGUUUAGAAGGCUGAAAUUGGGUAAAAUAUUCGCUGGUCAAACCACUCAUUCUGCAGUGAUUUCUGGGACUAGGUACUUUGACUCAAGAAGAAGCCUCUGGUGCUAUGAAAGAAGAUGCCAGCCCCCAUGAGGAAGGGCAGGAUUUGAAAGCUCUUCAGGACACAAGCCUGAGAGGGUUGGAUGCUUGGAGAGUCCUGCCAUCAGCAGCAGCAGCAGCAGCAGUGACCUUAUCUCUGUGGAUGGCAUAGCUCACUGUGCUCAUGUGCGGAGUUCAGUCCUUCAUUUCUGACAUUUGACUGACAGUCAGCGCGCACACCCACAAACCACAAUCACCAAGCACUGUCACCAGCCCCCCAGCUCUGCCACUGCUUGUGCUGACUUUAUUCCCAUGAGGCUUCACACAGUGUACAUUCUUGGCUUCUCGAUGAAGGAAAUUCAUCCACAUUCAUGCAUGCUCGUUUUUAUAUACUUACUAUUGUGAUAUGUCUUUGGAAUGUGAUGGCUCAGGAAAAUUACCCCUCGUCGCCUAGCUCCCUUGACGUUGGACUCUUUAUGAUAGUGGAUUCCACUGCAGAUUCAGUGGUCAUUCAUAUUGUCCACCUUUCCCGUUUCUGCUAGAUUAAAUAAAUUCUUCAUUUUGA